AUGAAGACGGCGCGCUCGACGGCACUGCUUCUCCUUCUCAGCCAACUCUUCCUCCAUGUAGACGCUACAUUGGUCUCUAAGGCUGGUCAAGUGGCGGUCAUUCCAACAUGGGAUCUUCAAUCAACAGCCGUGGUUGGGAAUGACCUUGGCAAACUGUCGAGGGACAGACUUGACACGGAAUCAUGGUACCAUGCUCCAGUCUCAAAGUGCACUCUGAUCGGGUGUCUCAUAGAAGCAAAAGUUUACAAUGAGACCGAGCUUUUCUUCUCCGAUAACCUCCGAAAGCUUGAUGAGAACAAGUUCCUUGUGCCAUGGAUUUACCGCAGCGAGUUCACCCUACAGCCGACACCAGGCCAGCACUUCUUUCUUCAAACGAACGGAAUAUCCUCUCGCGCCGACAUAUACCUCAACGGAAAAAAGGUGGCAAACUCCUCUGAACAAGCAGGGUCAUAUGUGGGACGGAGAUACGACAUCACCGACAUCGUUCGCACCGAGAAUGUGUUGGCAAUCAAGGUCUACCCGACGGACUACUAUCGCGACCUGGCUCUUGGCUGGGUCGACUGGAAUCCGUGGCCUACGGACAAUGGAACUGGUGUUUGGAGGGAUGUUGAGAUCAAGCAAACCGGGCCGGUGGUGCUGGACCCCCUAAGAGUGGUUCCCUAUCUCGGAGCACCCCUUACCCUUCCCGUGAAGGUGUCUCUGAGAGCACGACUGCACAACCUUGAAGAUCGUGCGAUUACCAUCGAAGCAGUUGCGCAGGUCGCACUCGAAUCAGGGGGGACGAAGUACACUCGGCGCCAGCUCAUCACCAUCCCGCCAAAGUCUAGUCUGGACAUCUUUUUUGAAGAGUUUAUCGAGAAUCCUCAAAUAUGGUGGCCGCGGCAAUGGGGCGAUCAACCACUGUACAUAGCCAACCUGACUAUCCAAACCAUUGAUGGCAAUAUCUCAGAUCACGCAUCAGCCACUUUCGGUCUCCGCAGCGUUACCCGGCAACUCAACGCCCACAACGACACCAUCUUCUUUGUCAACAACCGGCCUUUCCAAGUCAUCGGCGCCGGCUACACCCCAAAUAUGUUCCUGCGCUUCGACCCAGCCAAAUGGGAAACCGAGCUCCGGUACGCUCUCGAUCUCGGCCUGAACACCAUCCGCCUCGAGGGUAAGAAUGAGCACCCCGAGUUGUAUAACAUUGCAGACCGUUUGGGCAUGAUGCUCCUCGCGGGAUGGGAGUGCUGUGACAAGUGGGAGGCGUGGGACUAUAACCCCGACUUGGCCGUGUCGCCGACGCCAGUAUGGACGGAUGAGGAUUACGCGAUUGCGCAUGAGAGCAUGUUUCAUGAGACGUUGAUGAUGCAGGCGCAUCCGUCGGUGUUGGGCUUUCUGAUUGGGAGUGAUUAUUGGCCUGAUGAGAGGGCGACUUCGCUCUACCUAGAAGCUGCGCGCAAGGCAGAUUUCCAGCUGCCCGUCAUAGGUGCGGCCUCGAAGCGCGGGUUCUCGAUGCAAACUGGUCCGAGUGGGAUGAGGAUGGAUGGACCGUAUGACUGGGUGCCGCCAAAUUAUUGGACCACGCCGGACACUCUAGGGACAGCGGCUGGGUUUGCGUCGGAGCUUUCCGCUGGUGUUGGGACACCUGGAUCACUCUCCUCCCUAGAACAGUUCUUGACCGCAGACGAUAUGGACGACCUCUGGAGACAGCCAAACAAGUCCCUAUUCCACAUGUCCCGCGCGGGAUCGCCAUUCGAUACGAGGGAGAUCUACAAUGCUGCGCUGUGGGCCCGCUGGGGAGCACCGACUUCGUUGGAUGACUACUUGAUGAAGGCGCAGCUGAUGGACUAUGAGGCGACGAGGGCACAGUUCGAGGCGUUUCGUGCCCAUUGGGGUGAUGGCAGGGUUCUAGCCCAGGGGUCAAAGGGCCCGGCAACGGGAAUGAUCUACUGGAUGCUGAAUAAUGCAUGGCCAGGGCUGCACUGGAGCUUGUGGGAUUAUUAUAUGCGGCCGGGCGGUUCGUAUUUUGGGGCGAAGGUCGCGGGUCGGGAAGAACAUGUCGCUUUUAGCUAUGCGACGAAGGAUGUCUGGGCGAUGAACCGCGCGUUAGAGGUCCCGAUUGGGCAGGAGAAGAGAAGAAUCGAGGUCAGCGUGCUGGGCGUUGACGGGAAGGAGAUGUUUAAGGGGACAAGCGUCUUCACGACGAAGCCGAAUUGGAGUGGGAGGGUUGAAUCCUUGAGGGAGGUUUUGGGCAAGGUGAACGACACAGUGUUCCUGCGACUCAUCUUGACGGAUGAGAAAGGAAAGACGCUUAGUCGGAAUAUUUACUGGCUGGCUCCUGAAAUUGAUGUCCUGGACUGGGAGCAGUCAGACUGGUACUUCACGCCGGUGACAAAGUACGCGGACUUCACGGCGUUGAACAAGCUUGAACCAGCUGACAUCACGAUUGAUGCUGUGGUCGAUGGAGACGGCGUUUUCGUGACUGUCGAGAAUCAUGCCAUGGUCCCGGCUUUCUUUAUCAAAUUCGACUUGGUGGACGAGCACGGCCGUGAUGUUCUUCCUCUGACAUGGGAUGAGAAUUACGUCACUCUUUGGCCGAAGGAGAAACUGACGCUUCGGGCGGGGGUCGUCCAAGGAAGGAAAUGGGAGCCAGUUCAGCUGAAGGCGGUGGGAAAAAACACUGAGAAGACAAUUAGGCUGAAGAGAAAGUGA